CUUUCGUAGUUAUUUGGCAAAUAACAAACUUUUAUUUUGAAACGAUCGAAAUCUGUACGGGACAUUACGUCGUGGUAGAGGAGGGGGUAAUUUAACGAGGAAGCCGUCGUUCGAACAUGUCGAAAAUAAUAAUCGUUUUAUGACAAAACUAAGGAGAACCCUCAGCUUCCUGCGUCAUCCCAUUGGUCCAUGUCACCGCAGUGUGCCCCCCCCCCCCACCCCCCUUCCGGGCCCGUCGUCAGCAAGUGCACGCCGGGCCGAGGCACACCAUCUCCUCGCCGCGCCUCGCGGUUCGCGUCGCCUCCUGCCCGGCCGUCGACCCCUUGCACCCUGUUAGCGGGCUGCACCUGCCGGCUUCAAGGCGCGUCCAGCCGUUGGGGGAGAGAGACAGAGAGAGCGGGCAAGAGGAGGACACCGCCUGAGGAUUUUCCAUGCUGCUUUAGGGGAGGAGCCAUUUGUGUAAUGCGCCGCGCACAGCGAGUUGCUGUGAAAAGGAGGCCUAAAAGUACUCGAGUACAAUCCAGCGGAAGAAGAAAGCUGUCCAUGUAUCAGUUUCGGUGAUGUUCCCUUAGUGACGGAGGUCACCUCCUUUUGCUCAUCACCAUCGCUCCCUUUCUUACUUUGCCGCUCCAGCCGCCGAGCAUGAAGAGGCCCAAGCAGCAGACGGGGGGGCCGCUCAGCUUCCUCAACUUCUUCAGUCGAAAGCCCAAAUCGGAAGCGCGGCCCGAAAAGCCAGCUGAGGCUCGGCCCAAAGAGGAGGUGGCCAUCACGCUCACCCUUAGCCAACAGCUGCCGCACCAGGAUCAGACGACCAAAGACUCUGACGAUCGGAGACUCUCGGGAGCAGAAAGCAGCAACGGCGGUGCCGCGCAGGCGGAGGACUGCGCCGCGGCGGCGUCGACAGCGUCCGGCCUGCCCGCGGGCACGGGCCCCGCCGGCGGCGCCGACGUCCCGGCGGCGGACGAGCACCUGGAGGAGUGCCCGCUGUGCCUGCUGAGCCAGCCGCGGCGCCGCUUCCCCACACUGCUCAGUUGCCCGCAUCGCACCUGCGCCGACUGCCUGCGCCAGUACCUGCGCAUCGAAAUCUCCGAGAGCCGCGUGGGCAUCGCUUGCCCGCAGUGUCCCGAGGCCCUGGCGCCCCUGGAUGUGCGCACCAUCCUGGAUGACCCGGCGCUGCUGGAAAGGUUUGAGGAGUACCACCUGCGGCGCUUCCUGGCCGCUGACCCGGACACGCGCUGGUGUCCCGCACCGGACUGCAGCUACGCGGUGAUGGCCUACGGCUGCGCCGAGUGUCCCAAGCUGAAGUGCGGGCGCGACGGCUGCCACACCGAGUUCUGCUACCACUGUCGCCAGCUCUGGCACCCCAACCAGACCUGCGACCAGGCGCGGCGCCAGCGCGCGCACCAAGGGCCGGGCGGCGAGGACGCUUCUGCGCUCUACGUCUUUAGCGAAGAACCCGGAGGAGAUGCAGAGGAGAUCAAGCCGUGCCCUCGCUGCGGCGCUUACAUCAUGAAGACCAACGACGGCAGCUGUAACCGCAUGAACUGUACGGUGUGCGCUUGUCAGUUCUGCUGGCUGUGCAUGCAAGAGAUCACCGACGUGCACUACCUCAGUCCCUCAGGGUGUACUUUCUGGGGCAAGAAGCCGUGGUCUCAGACGCGCAAAGUUCUGUGGCAGGUGGGCAUGUUGCUGGGCGCCCCCGUGGUCAUCUCGCUCAUCGCCGGCCUCGCCAUCCCCGUCGUCAUCGUGGGCAUCCCCAUCUACAUGGGCCGAAAGGUCCACGGCCGUUGUAAGAAAAACAACAUCUCAGGAAGUAAACACUACUUGACGGUGGCCAGCGGCGUCAUGAUGUCGGUGUUUGUGUCGCCCGUCAUCGCCGCCGUCGCCGUAGGCGUGGGCGUGCCGCUCAUGUUGACGUACGUGUACGGGGUGGUGCCCAUGUCGCUGUGCAGGAACGGUUGGUGUCGACCGCCCGCCGACGCGCCCGACACGCUGGAGGACCUCGCCGGCUAUCUACUUCUCUCUCACAUGGUGAGUGACCACUGGCGGGCUCAGAGCAGCCCGACGCUGGCUGACACCAGCGUGCAGGAGGUCAGCGCGCAGGAAGCGGGCCCCGCACUUCCCGCGCCCCCCGGCGCCACACCCGGAUCCGACGCGGCCGAGGAGUCCCCCAAACGCCACGGCGGGUACCCCACCCGAGAGGCCGGACGAUCGGGGUGCGACGGCGCUUCGAGGGACGGAACCAACAUCGAAGUGCGCGUGGAGAUCGAGAGGCAGCCCAGAGGCGCUCGCCAGUCCAGCCUCAGCAGCGUCCUCUCCAGCCGCAGUUUGUCGACGGAGUCCCUGGGGCGCUCGGCGAACGCUUUCCCCGUCUUUGAGUCGGAAGACGUAUGACUCCCGCCACGGGAACGACGGACCCCCGAUGGCUGACUUCUGCUUCCUUCCCACCAGAUGCCUUUAAGUGUGAGGAAGACACUAAUGAAUGACGUGUGUGUGUGUGCGUGUGUGUGUGUGCGCACAAGUGCUGAAUUAGUGUGUCUGUCAUUUCAAAGCAGGGGUGGGCAAAGUGUGGCCCGGGGUCCCAUAUGGCCCUCUGGGUCCUUUAAUCAUGUUUUUAAUCCCGUACAUUUAUCUAAUUCAAUCUUUUGUUCACUGAUUGAUUGUGAAGAAUAAAAUAACAGACGCAGGCAGACUUGGAAAAAAAAUGGCCCCCUCCUCACAUUUCCGUCUUUCACUUGUUAGCACUUCUUCAGGUCAACGACGAUGACAUGAUGUUAUGUCAGAUUUUUUUUUUUUCUCCAGCCCUGAAAUUUUGUGCAUUUGUAUCUCAUUGAAGGACUUUAAUUGAGUCGUUUUUAAUUGCUAAAUAAUUGAAUUGAAAAUGAGAACAAAAUGUUAUUUGGUUGCUCGGACUUUUUGCAGGUGAACGCCGCCAAUAUUUUCAUGAUCCAAAACGGCGACCCUCGAGUGCAAAACUUUGCCCACCCCUGUUGUCAGCAAUCCGGAGAGCCUCCGUUUUGUGGUGACAUUUAAGCAUGUUCGUCUUCUCUGUUGGGCUAAUUCUUUCAUUCAGCACCCUUUUAACAAGAAAACCGCCCCCCUCGCAAGAUUUUAUAGCCACCCGCCCCCAACUAGACAAGGUAUAACAUCGAUCAGGAUAUAAUGCUGAGCAUGCACAGGUAGGCCGGGCCGCUCAAGCGUGAAACGGCCGGCGAAGGUGACUUUGUGGCGCUUAGGAAUGCGGCAAAGUCACAAGUCAUGUGGACAAAAGUUGUGGGGCACGUGGCGAGUACAAGUGCAAGAAAAACGUUCCCCGUCCUCCGAAUGAUUUUAUUAACGUAACGGACUAAGAACAAUCAAGCCCAUGUCUCCCGGUGAGACGUGUUGCAUUAACCAAGAGGACCCGGCCCAAGACUUUUGUCCACGACUUUUGUCUGUUCAUCUUCCACGUUAAAACACACACGCGUUACACUUAGCGGAGUGUGUGUCGCGUAUAUCUGACAGGCAGGAUUGAGAUGCUUGGAAAUGAUCACAGGACACCACCAAUAUAGCAGCAGCAGCAUGAUGAUAACGAUGAUGCCACGACCUCUGGCCAACACUCCACGAAUAAAACGAGCAGAAUAAUAAGGUGACUGGUCAGGAACCGCUUUGCUUCAUGAGUGUGACGAAAUGAUGAUGGGUUAAUAAAUAUCUCACUAUGUCAGACACUGUUACAGGGCAUGUUUGUGCAUCUGUUGACUUGGGGG